AACUCGGACUGACAUGUUGGUCUGUGUACUUCAGGAGAGGCAGGACUGGAGCGGAGCGAGAAGCGGAGGCGGGGCCGGAAUAGAGCCUAACGGGGGCGGAGCUGUCAGCACCGCUAGGAGUAGGCCUGAUGGGGGCGGAGGGAGAGGCGUGGCGGAGCGAGAGGCCGGGGCGGAACCCGAAGGCGGUCUGACUCGGGUAGAGUUAGCAGCGGAGACUGGGCGCGGCCUGACAGGGUCGGAGCACACAGCUAGGCCAAGGCUGGGCCUGACUGGGGAGAGAGGAGUGAGGAGGCUGAGGCCGGCCAAGCCUGGUCCGGUGCGGCCAUGCAGGUGGGUGGUUGCGGCCCGCUCGCCCUGCAUUGACUAUGGGAGGCAUCCGGGAGUACCCUCCCAGCGCGCACUGAGCUGGGCGCACGUCCGACAAAGUGAAACUGCAACCCCGCCGCGGUGAUCUGACCUUCCCGGGCCGGAAGGGGUGUCCAGCGGCUGGCUGGGUGGGACAGAAGGCCAUGAACGGCAGAGCCCGGAAAGAGGCGGUCCAGGCUGCGGCCCGGGAACUCCUCAAGUUCGUGAACCGGAGCCCCUCACCUUUCCACGCCGUGGCCGAGUGCCGGAGCCGCCUCCUCCAGGCUGGCUUCCGUGAACUCAAGGAGACAGAGAGCUGGGAUAUCAAACCUGAGAGCAAGUACUUCCUCACCAGGAACUCCUCCUCCAUCAUCGCUUUUGUUGUGGGGGGCCAGUAUGUUCCUGGCAAUGGCUUCAGCCUCAUUGGGGCGCACACGGACAGCCCCUGCCUCCGGGUGAAACGCAGAUCUCGACGAAGCCAGAUGGGCUACCACCAAGUAGGUGUAGAGACCUAUGGUGGUGGGAUUUGGAGCACCUGGUUUGACCGUGACCUGACCUUGGCUGGGCGAGUCAUUAUCAAGUGUCCUACCUCAGGUCGGCUGGAGCAGCGCCUUGUACAUGUGGACAGGCCCAUUCUGCGCAUCCCACAUCUGGCUAUCCAUCUUCAGCGAAAUAUCAAUGAGAACUUUGGACCCAACACAGAGAUGCACCUAGUUCCCAUUCUUGCUACAGCAGUUCAGGAAGAGCUGGAGAAAGGGACACCUGAACCAGGGCCUCUCAAUGCUGCUGAUAAGCGACACCACUCAGUCCUCAUGUCCCUGCUCUGUACCCAUCUGGGGCUGAGUCCUGAGGACAUCUUGGAGAUGGAGCUCUGCCUGGCAGAUACCCAGCCUGCGGUCCUGGGUGGAGCCUAUGAUGAGUUCAUCUUUGCCCCUCGGCUGGACAAUCUGCAUAGCUGCUUCUGUGCCCUGCAGGCUUUGAUUGAUUCCUGUGCAUCUCCUGCCUCCCUGGCCAGGGAACCCCAUGUGCGCAUGAUCACACUCUAUGACAAUGAAGAGGUAGGAUCAGAGAGUGCUCAGGGAGCACAGUCUCUGCUGACGGAGCUGGUGCUACGGCGGAUCUCUGCCUCACCUCAGCAUCUGACAGCCUUUGAAGAAGCCAUACCUAAGUCCUACAUGAUCAGUGCAGACAUGGCCCAUGCUGUGCAUCCCAACUACUCGGACAAGCAUGAGGAGAAUCAUCGGCCCUUAUUCCACAAGGGCCCUGUGAUCAAGGUGAACAGCAAGCAGCGCUAUGCCUCCAAUGCAGUGUCAGAGGCUUUGAUCCGGGAGGUGGCCAGUCAGGUUGGAGUGCCUCUGCAGGACCUGAUGGUUCGGAAUGACUCCCCCUGUGGAACCACCAUUGGACCUAUCUUGGCUUCUCGACUGGGACUGCGGGUGCUGGACUUGGGCAGUCCCCAGCUGGCCAUGCACUCUAUCCGGGAGACAGCCUGUACCACUGGAGUUCUCCAGACCCUUACUCUUUUCAAGGGCUUCUUUGAACUGUUCCCCUCUCUGAGCCGUCACCUCUUCGUGGACUGAGGCCUCUUGGUAAGACUUCUCUCUGGCCCUUUUGCACGUGAGAGAGGAGAAUCUCAACUGAGCUGAAGCUGGAUUAUUAAAAUGAAAAUUUUAUUCCAAA